UACUGUCGCGCGCGCCGAUCAGAUCGCGUUGAACUGGCAAGUAAUUCACACGUCUUUUGCAUAUCCGCGAGCGUUGACUGCUGCUGGCAAUAAAUAGAGGUGCAGUGAACACUUAGAAGAAUAAACAAACGAGUUGCAGUAAUUGGUAAAUUCCAGUGAGUUGUACUAACAAAAUAUACAUAAAUCGAAGGUCCUGCAAGUGGACAAGUGUAAAUAAAAACGCACUACAGGCUAGUCAGUUGCCGAAUGCGAGUAUUUGAGAAAGUUAAAGAAACCAUGGAUACGAUGCAGCGGCGGAACAGUUUGAACAUAUCCUUCGGCAAGUGGUGGGCUGGUGGCUCCAGCGGUACCGGUAAAAGUUCGUCCUUUAGCAGUACGGUGGCGAUUCAGAAACUGCGCGAAUCCAAAUGGUUCGAUCCGGGCGAGGAGCGCAUCUUCUGUGCAGUGAUUGAAGCCGGUUUUGUCGUUGAGCUACGACAUCCCGAAACCGGUGAGAGCUGGUUCGGCGUAACGGCCAUCGAGGCGAAGAAAUCAACCAAACCCACUGCCGAGAACAUCAAGAUCUACUCCGUCAAACUGUCCGACAGCCACAAGCGGUUGAAAGUCUACAGCACCUCGGUAGACCAGCUUUGGAAACAAGGCUACCGGAUUCGAAUCAACAAUCUAUGCGACAAAACCAAAAAACCUCACAACGAAAAGGACAUUCUGGCGCAGAUCAAAUACGCAACCAAAACGAAAAUGGCCUUCCACAACAGCCAGCACUUUGCCGAGUUCUGCCGGUACGGUGACCGACCGCAGGACAACCGGAAGCGUCAAGUAAGUGUUUUCUUGCGACGGUUCGAAGAUGCGCUGAGCGGAACGCAGACUUACUUUUGAGAGAUCUCAGAAUGUGCCAAAUGGGGAGGUACCAACAUGGGCGCUACCAUCAUCUACUUCGCAAUGCAAACGCGGAACUCACAACCCAACGCAAGAUAGAGGCUCACAUACAUAGGAACCCUAUACGUAGUCAGCGAGUCAUCCUUACAAUCUAGGCAUGAAGUUGAAUGGGGCAUUGCUGCAAUGUUGUAGAAUGUGAAACAUUUUUUUGCUUUGAAUCUGCAGAAAUGCCCAUUCAAAUUCUACACCGAGAAACGUUUAUAUUUACCAAGCAUGCAUAUAGAUAUGUAAGUAACGUUAUUUACUAGUCCUGAUCGGGGCCUAGCCUCGUGCGAUUACGGCGUGACUGUUUUUUAAGACUAUUAGGAAACCAAUAUGUAAAAACUCAUGAUGAGGGUGUUUAAAAACUUAUGAUAAAAUAACUGUAAGCAAUUUUUUAGCUUAGAAAACUAUCAUGUUAGGCAUUAGUUGUAGGAAUUUGCUGAAGAAUUUUUUCUUCAGAGAAUGCAGUAAAUUGAACUGUCUAUUUUGUAGGUAUAAUAACAGAAAAUGUAAAAAUUCUUCGACAAAAUCACGGCGGAAAUUCCCAAGGUGAAAAAUAUUGUACUCAUUAAUCAUAUAAUUUUAAUUUAUAAUUUUAAAUAGAUUUAACAUACUAUAGUUUGUUGAAUAAGAUGAGAAAGAUGAAGCCAUCAUAUCUAUAUUGAAAAAUAUAUAUUUUUAAAAUCUACACUGUAAUACG